AUGUUUGAUAGAGCAAUUCGGUUUACUGUGAAUUUGCCGCAAAAUCAAAUUCCCCAUGAACUCAUUAAAUGGGAAGAUGUCGAUGAGUAUUUGAAGAGUAUUGGUGAUUAUGAAGAGUUUUCAAAUGAUUUACGGGGUGGCAAACAAACGGACAAAUUUUAUGAUACAUUUCCCGAAAUUGAAUCAGAUGCUAGAGCAUUCGUUGUUCAAGCAAGUUCGCAAAAAUCAGCGGAGUUUAAAGCAGCGGACCUGGCUCAGUUCAUCGAUACAAAAUAUUAUGAACUAACCGGAAUUCAAAAACAAAUUGGAGAUGAUUUGAUAAGAUCGGUAAGAAGUUAUCGUCUGGACCUCCGUAGAUGGGGAGCUAAGUUCGAAGCGAAUUCACAACGUCCAUAUUUUGAAGGACAUGAAAGAGACGAUGUUGUGAAACAUCGUAAUGAGUUUAUUGGUUAUUUUCUAACACAUAACGAUUCUUAUUACACAAUUACUGAUGGUGACACACUUAUGUGGAAUGUGCCGACCCAAACUCCUCAUAGAAUACUUAUAUUUCAUGAUGAAUCAACGUUUAGAAGUGGUGAAAUUAGCCCAAAGCGAUGGUUUUUCGAAGAGAAUAACCCUUUUUUCUCGAAAGGACGUGGUCGAAGUCAUAUGGUGUCUGAUUUUCUUGUUCAACAUCCUAGUGGACCGUUUUUUCAACUUAGUGAAGAUGAAUGGAAACUAGCAGUUGCAAAAUAUAAAUCAUUAAGUGCCGAUAAUGAUGUUAAUUAUCUUAGUCGCUAG